AUAAUUGAUUCUUACACAUUGUUGCUGAUGUUUAAAAUGUUUUGACUUGAAUAACAUUUCACUGGGAUUUUAAUGUAGUGUGCUCCUAAUUCGUUGGGAUAGAAGCCAUCAUGAUUGUUUUGAGAAGCCUAAUUUUUAAAGCUGCUGACUUCAAAACUUAAAAACUGAAAUAGAAUGAGUGAUAGAUCAAUGAGGUAGACAGUACCACCCAGGGACAGCUCCAUUAUUUCCCUUCUCAAUCUUGGAGAUGGAUCGAGAGUAAACAUAUGCACCUGCUCUGGAACCGAUUCAAGCAUUCAUGCCCCAUUCGUUUCUUACAGACUGAGCUAUGUUAACCCUUUAACUUUAGCUUAGCAGAUUUUCAAAAAUGGUGCAUACAUUCAAGUUCUAUGGAACAUGAUCAAGCAAGUUUUCAGGGAGAAAAAAGGACAGAGAGGUUUUUGCAGACUCCUGUUUUAGCCUGACUUAUUUCUCAAAUAAUGUGUCCCUCCACAUGAUGUCCAUUCAUCACAUGUAAAGGAAAUAAAUACAUACGUUAAACUUCAACUGCCAACAUUUUCAGUCAGUAUGGUUGUUUUGGGAUGAUGGGAGCAGGAAAACAAUACUUACAGAAUGUGCUAGGUCAGAGUAUGUUGCUUUAAUAGGCAGAACAAGAUCACAGUUUUUUAAAUCAAGCUUUCUUCACCAUAAGAAAAGAAAUAAGAUGAAACAGCUUCCAAGCAUUACCAUAAAAAAAAUUGUCACCAUCACUGUCAAAUAAAUACCAGGUUCUUAAAUCUGUCAUCACCGACUUCAAAGGCUCCCGUACCAUUUUUUUUGAAGCUUGGACUGUGGGGGGAAGGCUCCAGCCAAGCGUUGAACAUAGUAGUGCAGAUAAUAUUUAUGGUCAGCAUGAAAAGUCACCUUUUGCCCUGCCUAUCCCAUGCUGGUCUCUCCUGAAUCAAAGUGCCAAGGCAGAUUUGCAGCUGCACAGAAAUCUAACACAGGCGUAGCUAAUUAAUGCUCUCAUUGCUAUGUAGCCUCUGCUAAAGAAAGGGAAAACAGUCCAAGUUAUAGACCACAAGGGGCAAAUGUUGACACACCCCUGCAAUAAUGGUGUUAAAGAAUUCAGAGAAGAUACAGAACCGGGUUGUUGUCUAACUGUAAUAUCAAAGAGUUGUUAGAGCGGGUGCACGGGGAAGUGAGCAAGACAGCUACAGCCUUGGCUGGGGAGCUAUCAGACAGUUACACACGUUUACAACAACAGGAGAGAACCAGACUGACAAAAGGUGACUGCAAAUCGCAUCAUGGCAUCAGGAGCUCUGCAAUUCUUCGCGUUCGUCCUCGCCUUGUUCGGUGUGUUCGGUGCAAUCACAGCCACCUUACUGCCCAACUGGAAAGUGAGCGCAGACAUGGGUUCAAACAUCAUCACAGCCAUAACUCAGAUGCAAGGGCUCUGGAUGGACUGCACAUGGUACAGCACUGGGAUGUUUAGCUGCACACUGAAAUACUCCAUCCUUUCUCUCCCUGUUUAUAUCCAAGCAGCACGGACCACCAUGGUUUUGUCUUGUAUCCUCUCCUCUUUUGGGAUCUGCCUUGCCACGGUCGGGAUGAAGUGCACCCGGCUGGGAGGGAACAGAGACACCAAAAGCCACACUUCAUUUGCAGGAGGAGUCUUGUUUAUCCUCGCAGGAAUAUUUGGCUUGAUACCAACAGCCUGGUACACCAGAGAGAUCAUUUCAAAUUUCCUGGACCCAAACAUCCCAGAAAGCAAUAAACAUGAACCAGGAGGAGCAGUUUACAUCGGAUUCAUUUCAGCAGGACUUCUGCUUGCUGCAGGUGCCAUCUUUGGCACUUCCUGUUUUAGAAAACAGCAGAGGGCCUGGAUUUACCCCAACAAAUCACAGCAACCCUUCCCAGGAGCUCAGCAAGAAAACACGUCGGGUUACAACCUGAAGGACUAUGUGUAAAUACAGUUUUCUUUCUUUCUUUCUUUUUUUUUGGGGGGGGAGCUCUGUUUAUUGUACUUUUGUUGUGAUUUUAUAUGUCAUGUAUGAAUACAUGGAUAUAUGAAUAACAACAGUUUUCUCUUCUUAAUGUGUGGCAUGUCAUUCAAUUUUGAGAAAGUAUCUUUUUCGGCUAUCAAAAAGUAACAUUGUUGACAUUGCUUUGCAACUGAAUUUUAGCAGAAAAGAACCAAAGGAAGAGUACAAAUGUCUGUUUUGACAUAAGAGUAUUAUAUCUAUAAUAUGCUACUUUAAUAUGACACCAUGUAAAUCCCUCUAUGAGUCUGUUCAGACACUAUGGCAUCAUCUUUCAGUGUCAAUUUUAAUUUCCAAUAGCUAUGGUCAAACUAUGUUAUUUCAUUAAUAAAACAAACCCACUCCCAGUAUGAUUGCAUUGCACAUGCUAAAGAGACACUGCCAUUCAGUUAUUGCCAAACCUUGCAUAACCGCCAACAUCCCAUGGGCACCUGAAUCAGGUUCCCUGUUAUUUCAAAUAAUUGUCUACUUAGCAAUUUGUUGCUGAUUUAAAGUUAUUAACCACAUCAAGGUUAAGAAUCAGGAAGGGCAUUCACAAUAUACUUAUAAUUGAAGUUAAGGUUUUCACUCUCCAAGUUAAAUAUUUAAAAACCGUUAAGUACUUCCUUUCCUAGAUUCUACCUAUAUACCAUGUCUAAUAUUUCUACAAGUAGAUUUAGCAAACUAAAAUCCCUUUGUUACAGACAACUGUUUAGUGCUUGAGUACAGUUAUAAUCUGCCCAUCACUAUGCUACAUACAAACCAAUACUUAAUGCAAACUAUUUAUAUGACACUCUUGGAUUAGGCCCAGAGAUACUGGCAGACUGCCACAGAGUCCAUGCAGGUGAUAGCAACGCAGUUUGUAAUUACAUUGCCAGCAUGAUUCAGUUGGUUAACUUGCCCUGCUUCUCAGAACCUUCUUUUUAACAUGCUGAAAUUAUAAUUAUUCACUGUGUGGAACCUUUCAUUUCCAUUCAAAAAGAGACACAGAAUUUGAAUAUUUUGGCAGGAACACAACAAUAAAAAAGAUUUAACCAACAACCACUGGGACAGUAUCCUAAAUGAAUAUGCAGAGAUUUUUCUAAUGCCAAUAAAACACAAGUUGUGUGCAUAUAAUAUGCUUUGGAGGGGAGAGGCUUUUUUUUUGUCUUACAGCACGAGAAACUUAAGAUCACCAGUAAUCUGAACAAAAACUAUAAAACAUGGAGUAUCAUGGCAAGAACUUAAAAGGAAAUGAUGCUACAUGCACCUUAAAAAGGAAAUUAUGCAUAAGAUUACCAAUGGCUACGAGUUAUGGUGGCUGGCUAGAUGCUACCUUCAAAAAUACAGGCAGUACCAUGGUUACUGAGGAGCACUGUUUUAAAAAGCCUUCCUUCUUGCUCUCAUCUGCACCCACUAGGAGUCCAAUGGGCCAUUACAAGAAACAAAAUGAUGGCUUAGGUUGGGUCUUUGAUCUCUCCACCACACGUGCAACUAGAUUUUAACAAUCAAGGAAUCUGCUUUACUAAUAACUAUAUUAUUAGAAAUGCAAAAAAAAGAAAGAAAGAAAGAAAGAAAGAAAGAAAGAAAGAAAGAAAGAAAGAAAGAAAGAAAGAGAAAGAAAAAUAUCCAAGUUAUUUGGCUAUUGCAGCAGUUCAAUUUAUGGAGUUCAUAGAUAAUAUCUGCAUAAUAAGGUAUUUGUACUUUUUUGUGAGGUUGUUUAAAGGACCAGCUUUAUGAAGACUAAAGAAGAAUUAUUAUAAAUUUUUGUAGAGCCAGCACUGAGAUAGAUCCAAGACAAAGCUUAAGUAUCUUAAUAAAAAGCUAUACUAAUUAAAACAAUAAGUCUUAAAAAUAGGCAGAAUAACUGUAACAUAGUUAUUGAAGUUGAGGUUUUAUGGCAAUCAGGGCAUGGCAGGUAUUGUUUUACCCACAGAAAAGACAGAGUAACUGACUUUCCAGGUAUUAUUAAACAGAAACUCCUAUUAUUCUUUACUGUUGGCUAUGCUUGCUAAGGCUAAUGGGAUUUAUAGGACAAAUACAUACAGAAAAUCACAGCUUCCACCCCUACCAUCCAGAUUAAUGGAUCUAAUCCAGACCAAAAGAGAGAGAGAGAGAGAGAGAAACAAGUUAAGUAUCCUGCAGUGAAGAAUAUAAAUCCGCAUGAGUGUGCAAAUCUAAUGCUUCUUCUGAAGCAGCUUUUGGGGAUAAUUUUGUCUAGAAAGUAAGAGGUGGAACUUUAUCAGUAUAAUAAAUAUGACUAUCAUCUUCUAUGCAAUUCAGCAAAAUCCCAUAACCUUACUAGACCUCAAAAUUAAUACAUUACAUUAUGGAAGAACAAAGAAAACAACAUUUUAGCAUGCGUAAAUUUUUUUUUAGCAAAUUCUGCACUGGCCAUUCUAUGUUUUUUGAAAACAUUUAGUUAAUAAAACACAGUUUAAAGAAUUUACCAGAGGUUAAAGAUAUAAUCAUUUUGAAGAGAUCUGGCAACCCUGUACUAGGACAGAAUCAUAAAAGCUGAAAUUUCACCAGACUUCACUUAAAAAAAAUCCCAACAAGUUCACAAAGAUACAGUGCAGAAAGAGGACACCUAGCAAUUGCUGCCAACAAAGCCAUGUCAGAGUAAAAGAAAUACCACAUGCAGAGAGACAGAGGAGAACUAUCGUUGACAGCACUGAGUACCUUCCCUAGAGGCAUGUACUUCUGCCAUAGCUUUCACACACAAGGACAGAUCCAGAAACAGAAUGAGCAUGUAGCACGAGUUAUACAUACACAGGAAUGCAAGCACACAAAACUAUUACCACCAAUAAUUUCUAAGUCAAAACAGAUUUGCAAGAAAAGCAAUAGCUCUGUUUCUGGCACACGUCAACCCUGGCACACAUCAACUGUAUUUAGUACAUGGCUCAGUGUGCCAGGACAUCAGCCUGGGUCAUCCCUUUUUCUCCUUCCCUACAAAACCAAUAUAGUUCCCCACCAUGAGCUAUUUUUUUCAUGUCAGGAACAACUUGAGAAACUGCAAGUUGCUUUGGGUGUGAGAGAAUUGGCUGUCUGCAAGGAUGUUGCCCAGGGGAUGGUCGGAUGUUUUAACAUCCUUGUGAGAGGCUUCUCUCAUGUCCCCGUAUGGGGAGCUGGAGCUGACAGAGGGAGCUCAUUCGCACUCUUCCCAGGUUGGAUUCAAACCAGCAAUCUUCAGGUCAGCAACCCAACCUUCAAGCCAUCAGUCUGCCGGCACAAGGAUUUAACCCAUUGCACCAUAGCUCCGUAUGAGCUAAAAUAAAAGUAUCUCUUGGUUGCUCAAAAAGGAAUAUUUGAAUAGCACACAAAAGACAUUCUGACAUGGCUCACUAACUGACCACGAAGAAUGGAAAAAUUUCCCCUGUGGUUAUAGUUCUGAAAGGUCUGUAGUUCACUCAUAAAAACUUAGAAUAAAGAAAGGAUAAAAUGUAUAUACAGAGAAAACAAGUUUAUAUUGAGGGUGGGUUAUGGGGCCCACCAGAUUGCUUAACACUAGUCAAGGCCAAUGGAUAGGAAGGAUCCCCACCCCUAUUUUAUGUAUUGGUUUCUUUGAAGGAAGAAUCUUACAAUGCUGAACAAACCGUUACUAUGCAUUUAUAGCCCUAGACCAGUGGUUCUCAACCUGUGAGUCCCCAGGUAUUCUGGCCUAGAACUCCCAGAAAUCACAGCCAGUUUACCAGCUGUUAGGAUUUCUGGGAGUUGGGCAGACCCCAACUUGGGUUACGCGGAUUAAUCAGAUAACCCAGAUUGUAGGCCCAGGCGCCUAGCGGAGGGAGGAAACUUCUCUCUCCAGCAGGUGCUUGGACCCAGGGAAGCAGCGAUCGUGGGCCGCUUCCUCCUGCUUCUCCCUCUCCUCUUGCGAGAAGGAGCUCCUAAACAGCGACAUGCCUUGUGCUUCUCUAAAGGCCCAAGCGCUGAGCGGAGGGAGACGUUUUCUCCCUUCGCCCUGCGCUUGGGCCCAGGGAAGCACGAGGCGAGCCGCUAAGCAGCGACACGCCUCGCGCUUCUCUAAAGAUCCAAGUGCCAAGCGGAGGGAGAAAACUUCUCCCUCCGCUCGGCGCUUGGGCCCAGGGAAGUAGCGAUCACGGGCUGCUUCCUCCUGCCUCUAUCUCUCCUCUCGCGAGAAGGACCUCCUUCUCGAGAGAGGAGAGGGAGAGGGAAGCGCCCCGCCUCUUCCUCCUUUCACGUGAAGGAGCUCCUUCUCUCCUAUUUGAAAUAGAUAUAUUUUGUUAUCUACUUAUAAUAGAAAGAUCUGGAGGUGUUGCCUUUCCCUUCUCCUUCAAGCAGCACUGGACGAGGAAGGAGAAGGAGGGAAAAGUGCGCACCUCUCCCUUCUCCUUCAUGCAGCACCCACCAAGGAAGGCGGAAGAGGAGGGAGGUGCCGCCACCAAGGAAGGCGAAGGAGAAGAAGGGUAAGGCGGGUGCCUUUCGGUGGUGGUUUCCUCCUCCUAGGUCUUACUUUCGGGGGUAUCUUAUAUUUCACAAUUCUACAAAACCUCUACUAGGUCUUAUUUUUUGGGGAUGUCUUAUUUUUGGGGAAACACGGUAACAGCCUUUCUCCAUAUCUUCAUAUAUGCCAUAUUACAACUUGCAGCAUCCCAGUCUUAUGGCUAAGGCUGGACAAUUUGAUUCAAUCAGGAAAUUCAUUGUUUAUCUGAUAAGACUCAGGGUCAAAGUCAGAUUUCUGAUUCAGAUUCAGACCUUUAUUGUCUUGUGAAGGUUAGGAUUUUUCUCAGGCUACCAGCAGCGUUUACAGAAACCAUGACUCCACAGAAGAAACAAUUAAUAAUAUUUAUAACAUUACUAAUAUUUAUAAUAUUUAUAUUUAUAUUAAUAUUUAUAAUAUUUAUAUUUAUAUUAAUAUUUAUAAUAUUUAUAUUUAUAAUUACUAAUAUUUAUAACAUUAUUAAUGAGACCAAUCGUAAUUCUGCCCAAAGCACAAACUAGAAAAAGUGGCCUCUGAGAAAUCUCUUUUUUGUAAGGAAGAGAUAUGAAAGGCGAUUUCCUUUUCAAGCUUCCAACUCCUAAAAAGCUGGUCAAAUCCCAGACGGUUGAAACAGUAAGACAGUUGAUACCAAGGUAUGCUCCAAGAAUGACUACCAGUAUUAGCUGCACCACUAACCUCUGAGCUACUGUCCCACUGAGGUCAGAUUACUCAUUGCAAUUAUCAGACUUUGAAAAAAAAGAAACUACAUGUGCAGGGAACAAGACAAAGGAAAAAGGCUUUGAACAACAAAGUGCUCCUUUGAAGUGGCCUCCAGUCCUUAAUCUAAGAAUAUAGAAACAUCUCUGGGAUCAGGUGAUUUGGGCUGUUCAUGGUCACACAUAAAAGUGAACUCUAAUUUAGAGAAAAAGGACAAGUUUAGUUAUUUUCUAAUUAACUGCAUCAACUGCACGGAAGGAAGUUUGAAUACACUUUCCCUUUUGUUACAGGGAACCUUUGUUACAGGUGAUACUACAAUGACCAUUAGCACUUCAAAAAGUUCAAUCUGUAGUCAAUACCAAUGAAAUAAAAUCUUCCUGACACAUGAAGAUACAUUUGCUAGCCAUAACUAUUAACACUUAGACAGUGCUUUAUGAGCUAAAAUACUUAAGAAAGAAUACACAAAGCAUCAGGUUCACUAUACCUGGAAUUCUAACUAAUACAUACUAAAUGUUGACUGUCAACAUUAACAUAGUCAUACAAUUUAUUUGGAACAUUUUAAAUUUCGUAUCUUUCAAUUCUAUUAAUCUACCUUCUAGAAACUUAUGCUGGACAGUUUACAACUCUCCCUUUUUCAAAUAUUUCUACUUUUUAAGCAGUCUAAUAUUUUGUUGUUCCUUCAGAAAUAAAUGUUGCUUUAUUAAUGAA